UAUCUCAACUGCGUAAUUACACACACUAUGUCAAUGAAAACGAAGAAGAAUAUCAUCAUUGCCUCGGUGUAGGUUUUAUUUUAUUUUCAGAAACAUAUUCUGAAAAGCUAUAGAACGAUAAUUCAUGUAUCGUCUCUACCACGGAGACCAUUCCUUCUGGAAAAAUGAUCAUUCUACUGUUACCUUCUAAGCUACUGCAUUGACUGUUUGCUAACAGUUUCUACCCGUGGAUACAGUGUAAAUAUAAACGACCGACAACAUGUCAGAGUCGUCGCCUCUGUCGGGGGUUAAUGUUGUUUUAGUCAUGGCCUAUGGGAGUUUGGUGUUUGUCCUACUGUUUAUCUUCGUCAAAAGGCAAAUCAUGCGUUUUGCAAUGAGAUCCCGGCGGGGACCACACGCACCAAUUGGUCACAAUGCUCCUAAGGGUUUGAGGGAGGAGAUUGACUCCAAACUGUCCACAGUCCAAGAGAUCUGCUUCGAACCUCGUCUCCUAUCAGAGGAAGACGAUAGGCUAAAGCAGGGAUUACAGAUUAGUUGUUACAACUACCUGUACAGAAUGAAAGCUCUGGAUGCCAUCCGUGACUCAGAAAUUCCUCUGGAGGAGAUAAGCCGAAGUCCCAGUGCAUUUACAGGACGCAACUUCAGAAACUGGCUCCUAGAAUUGCGCAACUCACACUCUCUGAUAAAGAGCAGCCACAGUACACUGAUUGACCGCCUGCUAGAGGGCUACGACAGUGCUCGCCAUGGAACUGGGGUGUUCGGGGAGGCUGAGUUUCUUGAAUACAAGCAGGCUCUGAGAGAACUAGCUGACGUGGUGAAGGCCUAUUCCAGCACCACCAGUCUGGACCAGCAGCACCAGUCUGCAGCAAAGGACCUGACAGGAUCUCCUGUUCGUGGUACUCCUUCCACCAUCCAGGUCACCUACCUGCCCUCUACUGGCCAGCGCAGCAAAAGGCCCAAACACUUUUUGGAGCUCAAAAGUUUCAAGGACAACUACAACACACUGGAGAGUACACUGUGAAACAUUUCAAGACUGGACUGAGAGUCAGAAGUUGUUGGUACACGGCCAACUGGAAAGAAAAAAAGCUGUAAUAGACUGUGAGAAAAUCUCCUUACAGUAAGUUCAGACUGGGUGAUAACUAUCAUGCACUGUCUUACAUAUUUUUGUAGUCAUUUCAAAGCAAUAUGCAUAUAAGAAUGUCCAAAUUCAUAGCAUUUCUAAUCUUUUUUUCCUGUCAUGUUGAUAACUGUAUGUGCACAUUUUACACCAAAGAUUUUCAUUUUGGACCUAAUGUACAAUUAUGAUUGUUGCCUAUUAGGCUAGCUUUGUAAUUGAUACUUUGGUAAAAACAGCAAAGGUAAUUUACAAAUAAUGUGGAUUUUUUUCCCCCCACAUAUGAACACAAAUGAUUACCUUUUGGAUUUUUUUGUUUGUUGAUAUGUAAGAUAUUUAUACGGACAGUUGUAAUUUAUUUUAUUGAUACUGUGUGAUAUUUGUGUACUUUGUGGUUUGAGAUUAAAAAAACAAUUUACCAGUA